AUGGCCCCCUAUACACCGAGCAUGCGAUUCCCUACCGCGGUUCUCGUGGUCAAUAGUGUCGGUCUCGCGAUCUCGUUUGCUGCUGUUGGGUUAAGGUUCUGGUCUCGUUCUAUGCGGCGAGCUAAGGUGAGACUUUCUGAUUAUACGAUCGUUGUUUCGUGGAUAUUUGCUCUUGGCCUCGUUAUUAGCGAGAACUAUAUCGUUACGAAGGGAGGAAUAGGCCAGAGUUCAGCCGAUGCAUCUCUUGAGGAGUUAUUAUUCUCGAACAAGCAAUUCUUGGUCAUCAUCAUCUGCGGAACGCUGGCAGUGACAUUCGUCAAAAUCUCGAUCCUUGACUUUCUGCUUUCCGUCUUCGCAACUAACAAUGUCUUUCGCAUUGCGGAUUAUACCCUAAUGGCAAUUACGAGCGCCUAUGGGAUCAGCUUUACCAUCGUUACUCUAGCCGGAUGCCGGCCUUUCGAAGCUAACUGGGAUAAAUUAUCAUAUCCGGAUUACCAAUGCAUUAACACGUCGCACUUCUAUGUCGCCCAGACAGCCAUCGGAGCUGUUCUUGACUGUCUAAUCCUCUUACUGCCGGUGCCAGUUGUGUGGACUCUGUCGAUGAAGACGAGCAAAAAGGUCGCUUUGACUUUCCUAUUCACCAUUGGUAUCUUGAUCUGUGCUAUCUCUUUCGUCCGUCUCGCAACCCAACUAGAGUAUAUGCUUACUCACUUUACCAAAUACGGUGGUAUCGCGACGCUCCUCGGCGCCCUAGAAGCGAACCUGUCUAUUGUCUGCGCAUGCCUUCCGGCCAUGCCCCAGUUAUUGACUUCAUUCGCGGAGAAAAUAAAGAUGUCUCUAGGAUCCGAGGACGGUGGAUUAAGGGGACUUUUCAGCACCUUCUCAUUCGGAUACCGUAGGAAUACUCACGGCUCCGUCAAGCUCAGCGAGGCGAGCGACAAGCAGGGAAACGUGUCGUCGGUGAACGAUGACGUAGAGAAGGCUCGAGUCCAGAAGCAAAUGGACAAGCUGUACCCGUUGAGCAUGACGGGAGCGAGCCGAGGUAGCUUUGACGAAGAAAGGGCAUGGACGCAACAGGUUGGCCGAACCUACGCCCGGGUAAACACGGCCAACUCCGGCCACAGCGAGGAACCGGUAGAAAUGACAAGGCUAGGAGAGAACGUUGAACCAUACAGCACUAUCAACGUGACUAAGAGCUGGAGGGUUAACUAA